AUGGCCCAGCGAUACGCCAAAGACCAGCCUGCGGGGUUUUCCAACCGCAUCGAGCGCGUUGCCGUCGUUGGGGCCGGCGGUCAGCUUGGAAAAUACUUCGCCCAGGAGCUGGUCAAGACUGGCCGGCACACCGUGACGGCGCUGACCCGCCGGGGGAGCACGAAUAAGCUCGCCGACGGAGUCAAGGCCGUCCCGGUCGAUUACGAUGACGAGCAAUCCCUCGUGGACGCUCUGAAGAACCAGCAAUUUCUCGUCAUCACGCUGCCCGUCACAACCCCCCCGGACACGCAAUCGAAGCUCGUGCGGGCCGCCGCCGCCGCGGGGGUCCGCUACAUCAUGCCGAACUACUACGGCUCGGACAUAGCCAACGAGAAACUCUUUCAGGGCGACCGCUUGAGCUUGAGCCUCAACCCGGCCCGGUUCUGCGGCGAGAUCGAGGCGACGGGGGUCUCAUCGUGGACGGUCCUGGUCUGCGGGCUGUGGUACGAAUACAGCCUCAUCCUCGGCCCCAUGUGCCUCGGCUUCGACCACGCGCAGAAGAAGAUGACCUUCUACGACGACGGCAACACCAAGAUCAAAAUGACUACGUUCGAGCAGUGUGGCCGCGCCGUCGCCGGCCUGGUCAGCCUCAAGGAGCUGCCCGACGACGAGAACGACACCAGCCCGACCGUGAGCAGCUGGCGCAACAAGCCGCUGUACGUGUCCAGCUUCCUGGUCAGCCAGCGCGACAUGUUCGAGAGCUGGAAGCGCGCGACCGGCGAGACAGACGCCGACUGGACCAUCGAGCACGAACCCAGCGAGGAGCGCCACCGCAGGGGGCUGGCGCUGAGUCGGGAGAGCGCAGACCCUCUGACGGUCCGCAUGGGUCUCGCGCUGGCCUCCUUCGCCCGGAUAUUCUUCCCCGACGGCCACGGCGCGUACGAGACCACCCGCGGCCUGGCCAACGACGCGCUCGGCUUGCCGAAGGAGGACCUGGACGAGCGCACCAGAGUGGCCAAGAAGAUGCUGGACGAAGGAUACCAGCAGUGGGUGAUUUCCAGGCUGCAGAGCGCGAACGAUCAGAGCGAGCUCGCCGAGGCUGCGAAGAAGCAGAAGUAA